AUGACGUCUCUUAAUCAGUCCGGGGAUACCAACUUUACAGUUUUCAUACGCCUCCCUUUUCCCCGGGGCGAUUUUGCUGAGUGGAACGCAGCGAAGGACCAGGCUCUUUGGGACCUACUAUCGCGGCCCUCUAAGGGUGAUGAUAUAGACUGGAAAGCAUUAGCGGAACGAUUCGAUGUAACUCUCCAGUUUCUCCUUCAACAAGCAGCAUGGCUGUAUGAUCGGCAAUUAUCACAGGUCCGCUGGCAGAUGCGCAAGGUGGGCACCACUCAGUCGAGUUCUCCGUCCCCUGCGCCUGGUUCUGUAUCUGGAAGCACAGCGCUCGGCGGCCAAUCAGCCAAGGGUGGUCCUGGUGCAGCCCCACGAGUCCAGAGUCGUCUAUCCUCACAUCAAAAAGAUACACUCCCUCAACGAGGUCCGCCGCCACGUCGGACAAGCUCGGCAACUACAGUAAACCAAAUUAAAAUUUCGAGGGAAUCACCCCGCACUGAAACCCCCGCGGAGCUCAAAGAUCCACGCUGGGAAAGCCUCAACCGGCGUUCAUCAGCAAGCAAGCGGGACCAGGCUCCAGUUCCAUCGGCACCAGUUCACAAAUCACCCGUCCUUCAGGAAGAAGACCUAAGUUCAAGCUCAGCCUCAUCAUCCUCGUCAGACGAAGACGACGGUCUAGCCAGUAGACGAGGACUACGAUUCCGACGAUUCGGCAAGUUCUCCACACAUCGACCUGGUCUUCGUGAUGACGAAGAAGACGAGGAUGAAUCACCCGCAUUUCUUCCGCUUUCCCGGGCCCAGCCUGAAGCUGCACGAGACCCGUCAGCGCAGGACCUCAAUGCAACUCUCCGGUUACAAGGUGAAGAUCACGCGGGAGCACGACGCCGCACAUCAGAGCAGAGUCCGAUUCCAAGAGCAUCGGUUACGACCGAAUCAUCGACAAGCUCUACUAGUUCAGGGGCUCCAGUUACAGUGCCACGUCGGGGAGUGAAUAGUAUUCCAUCACCGUUGAGUUCAUCACGGAGGGGAGAGCUGGCCCAUCUCAGUCCCCGGAGGUUGAAUGCUUCCGGGAGGGAUACGAGUGAUGGUACACCGAGUAUGGGAAGUAGCUACAGUGAUCUUGAUGACGCAAGUGUUACGCAGUCGGCACUUGAGGAGGCUCUCCUGAGUAAUAUGCAACAUGGUGGUAUGGCGAGUCGCAUGAGUACGAUAAGUCAGGCAUUACGGAGCCGGAUUUUGUGA